AUUUAGGAGUGAGAAACGACGAAGAGAAUAUAAACAAAAGCGACAGCAAUCCGCGCAUAGAAAACGUUCACCAUGGCAUCGACAAAAGGUACCUGAAAGUUUCUUGGAACGAUGGCACCUUUUCGCGAUAUCCCUACAUCUUCCUGCGAGAUAACUGCAAAUGUCCUCAAUGCUACGAGCGCACUAGUAACCAAAGCUUUCUACAGACCAUCGUGGACGUCGGUUUGAACCUCGAGGCAGAGAGGGCGAGCUUUUCUGAUGAUGGUCAACACCUAAAGUGCGUUUGGCCGGAUGGACACGAGAGUAAAUACUAUCUGGAAUGGCUACGUAACAAUCGAAUGCCUGAAAAGGAGGAAUUAGAAACACGUUUAAACACGGACAGUCUAGUAAAAGAUGACUUGAUCUUGUGGGAUGCAGAAAUGUUACAAGACAACAUACCAUCAUAUGAUUACAAAGCAGUGAUGAAUGAUGAUAAAAGUCUUUUUGAGUAUCUAAAUGCUCUGUAUCAGUAUGGAUUGGUCUUACUUGAUGACGGUCCUGCCAGAGACGAUUUUCUCUUCGAAUUGGGCGCUAGAAUGGGAUGGACUCAGAGAUCCUAUCUUGGGUAAGUGAUGACUGAAAAGUACUAUAACAACUAAACUAAUUUUAUUUUGUUUUGGAUAGCUCUUUCAGUUCUAAACUGUUCUCCCACGACGUCUAGUAUAAGGGCCAUCCCUUAUUAGUCAUGGUCUAUUACAGAAUCCAACAUUCUGAUUGGCUACUGAUCAGCCAUGGACUAUUUUGUGGGAAAAAUGAAAUUAACAAAGCUGAAAAUGGAUGGCGGAAAGCUUUUCUUUUGGCAAACAUUUGGCAAAUUUAUAAAAAAGUAUUUCCUUGAAGAACAAAAAAGAUAUGGCCUGAUGACUUGCAAUGGUAAAAUCUAAACCCGAUACUUCAUUAGUAAAUCAGCUUUUACUUGCCACAAAAUGUGACAUGAUGUGUCACGUGUGGUACACGAAGACAUACGGACGGAAUUAAGCACAUUCGUGGGAAUAUGAUUUUUGGUAUGUGUAUAACAUUUAGGUCAUUCGAAGAAGAAAUGUAAUAUAUCUUAAAAAUAAAAAAUCCCAUCUUGUUCAACUUUUUCACAGUCAAAGUGUUCGGAUAUGAUCUCAUUAGGUUAAUUGCAUUUUGUACCAAUUGCAAAUAUUCACCUAAUGACAUCAUAUCUGGAAACUUUGACAGUGAAAAACUAGUUGAUCAAGGUGAGGUUUUUUACUACUAGAUACCUUACAUUUCUUCUUAGAAUAACCCAAAUAUUACGAAUACCAAAAAUAUAUUUGUGGUUAGUCCCACUUUAAGCACAUUUGUUGUUCAUAUUAUUGCAAUGAAAACCGUUUAAAUUAUGUGCGUGCUUCCCGAUUUCCCCCUCAAAAUGUAAAAUUUCCGAGUUUUAACGUCCAAUAAUAAUAAUGUUUUUCACAGUUAUUUUUUGAAUUCAUGUAUUUAAUUGAUUUUAAGGGAGUGGUCAUUAGUUAUGGGGAGGGGGCGUGGUAAAUAGAGAAAAUAAGGACUGAAAACUUUUUUUACCCCCCCCCCCUCCAGACUGAAGGCAAACUUUUUGUGCCUCCCCCCUCAUAAAAGUAGAAACUUUUCUGACCUCCUCCAGUGUGGACUGAAAAAUUAACAGCAAUGAAACAGGUGUGCGUUGCAGGUAAAGUUAGAUAUUAGGACAAUCUGUUUAAUCUAGCUCAUGAUGUUUUACCUUGGUGAAUAUGAUUCAACCAUAUAUGAUUAAAAAUAUAUAUAUUAUGAGUUACUACGUACUUUGGAAUGCAACAUUUGUCCUACCAUAACCCUAACCCAUGGCCCGUCUUCGUACAGCAAAAUGAUUUGAACACAGGUUUUUUUUAAAAACUUGUCUGGGGGUGGGCAUCUACAAAAAGGAACCAUACUAUACCGAGUGUGGAGAGCUCGAGAUGACAGAUGGUUGUAGGUGACUGCAUGCCAUUAAAGAUACCUUCAUUGGUAAGCAUACGUUAAAAAUAACUUUGCAUUUAGUCAGUAAGGCCCUGUACCCAGAGUAAACGCCUGAGCCGGCGUCUUGUUACUAUUAAAUUUCACGCUCAAAAGCUUUUAAAUUUUGUUUAAAUCAUUCCAAUCAGUUCGCUUAGAGUUCGGAGUAGAAUUAAAGCAGGCAUUGCAAUCGUAGUAGCUACAGUCAGUGCGUUCCCACCGGUUAGAACUACCAAAACUGGCAAAUCUAUUAAAAAUGGGACAUUCUUUCUUUUCCAGAGAUAUUGCCAAUGUGAAAGUUGAAGAUAAUCGAAGCAAUGUUGGAAGUACAGAGAAAGGUUUAUAUCUACACAUUGAUUUUCCAUAUCUCAGAUCUGUACCUGAU